UUGGGCGGUCGCUGAAUGAAACGCAUGCUCAUUUGUAAUUAUGAAGCCUUUCUGAAAACGUCAUUGAGGGGCAAUAUUCUUGAAAGACUCGCUAGUAGGAAAGUACAGCUGCGAGUAGCAGACUGGAAUUCGCAAGACCAAGAGAACAGAGAAGUCAUAUAUUUGGAUAUAAAGAAGCCACCAGUGGCCCCCAAACCCAAGUUUGCUGUGACCCAGAAGCCUCUUCCUCCACCAGUUGCACCCAAGCCAGAUAUUGUUCUGUCACAUUCUGCCCCUUUGCCGAAGAAAACUAAGCCAAUAGUAGCCCCAAAACCAAGACUUCCGAAAAGCUCUUCUUUUCCUGAAGUGAAACCUUGCCCUCAAAAAAACAAUAAAAAUCUAAAGGAAGAGAAGAUUGAUUUGUCACAGAACUUGGGUGUCCUUAAUUCUAAAAAUGGCUUGCAGAAAGAACUACAUGAGAUUAAUUCCAGCUAUAUCAUACCAACAUGCACCUGCAGCUUUGAUUUCAGCCAUAAAUGCAAUAGUACGGACCACUGCAACGAAAGUGAAAUGUUCAUUGGUCAGCUGGAAAAGCUGGAGGUCUGGCAAAUUGAAAAUAUUGAUGGACAACGGAGUCCUCCUCUUCCACGGACAGGAAUCAAACAAGACACUGGCCAGGAAAAGGCUUUGAACACGAAUCAGGUGGUCCUGAAGGCCAGCUUUUUGGAACAAAAGCUCAAAGAUGUUUUGGUCCAAGCUGUGUCGCCUAAUAAUUAUCACAUAAAGCAAAAACCUCUGGAGAAAUCCAAUACCAUGAAAGAGACUUCUGACACUGAACAGUUUUCAUCCACAGCUAAUUUUGGUGAUCUUGCAGAAAAAAACCCUGACGAAUCGGAGAAUGGUGAAGUGGCCAUUUCCAAUGUGAUUCAGCAUCAAGAGGGACCAGAAAGUGCCGACAACACAGUCCUAUCAACUGAGAGUAGAUGUGAACUAAGCAAGGAGACCAGACAUCCGCAUGACUCUUCAGUACCACCAGCUGCACCGACUAAAGCUCUUCCAGUGCCAAAACCCAGAAAACCAAGAAAUCCUGGUCUUAUCAGACAAAACUGUAUUGAAACAUUUGUGGAUGAAAAAACAGAUAAGAGUGAGCUAUUGCUAAAUGAACCAGAUAGACUCGUCAAGUGUAGUCAAAUAAAGUCCCUAAAUGUUUCUAUUCAUGCUCAGAGUGUUUCGUAUACCAGAAAGAGCAGUGAAACUCCUGAACUGCCUGACACAGACAGUGCUCCUCAAACAGUUGAAAAACCUGUGACGCCUGAUGUGCUAUGUAAUCAUUUUCCAUCAUUUGAACAGGACAAAGCUUCUGAAAUAUCUGGGAAUGUGGAAGAUGAAGCUUGUAAACAAUCCAAUAUAGAAACUGAAAGUGAAAACACCACUGCGACUGAGCAAAAUAGAAAUUUUAUCCGCUGUAGCACUUUGACUUUGAGUUUGCCCAAACAACUCAAACUGUCUUGUGAUGUGCAGCUGUCUGUAGCAAACAGCCCAGCUGUUGUAGAAUUGAAAAAUGGCGACAAGAAAUUGCCUCUCAAAGCAGAACGGUCCCCGAGAGUGGCUCCAAAGAAGCCCCAAAGGCACAGUUUGCCAGCAGCAGGCUUGCUGAAAAAAGACUUAUCGGCAGAGUUGAACGAGACGAGUCCCAGUGCAACAGUAGAAAAAAGCAAUCCUGAAUUCACAGAUCAUUUACAAGGGCAGCAACAGGAGAAACCAACAUGGAAGCUGCCUCACCCAAUUGUACCCUUUUUAGGUAAUCCUGAAUCUUUAAAAAAUGGCAGUGCUCAGAAUGUUUCUUGCACUGCUCCUCAUAUCAGUCUUGGAAAAACCAGGGCAAAGUCAUUUUCAUCAGCAGACAUGGAAAGAUCUGAGAUCUCUCCCAAAACAGGCCAAAAGAAGAACUCUUUAAGGAAGUUCCUGGGCAUGAAGCUUGCUGUGAAAAUGUUUGACUUUCCCAAGUUCUUUACCAAGGGGAGCCAGUCGCUAGACAGGGGCACAGCAGUAGGAAAUAUCUCUUUGGAAGGAAAUGAGGCAGAUGGUGAGUUAAACCCAGGCUCGCUGGAAGGUGAUAGGAAAAGCAAACCAGUUAAAUCACUCUCUGCUGAAUCACACAGUCCUGUGUCCCAGAAGCAUGGGAUGAAACUGAAAGAUCAGUUUGAAAUGCAGAGUAGCAGGCCUGCCAAAUGGGAUUUAGUGGAUGAACCCGAAGGCCCUUGUUUACAGACCUCUGAGGAGGGGAGUUCACCGACGCAUUCAUUAACAAGUCAAGGAUCAGCUGUUGAAUAUGAGAACCUGCCUUAUUAUGAGGAAAUCCCUGAAUACAUGAAUUUGCCUUUCCUACAUGCUUCUGGAAACCGCACCCCACAGUCUCCGGCUUUUGGCUGGCAAAAUUCCAGCAGCCUGGAAGACUCGGAGACAAGCAUAUAUGAGGUACAGGAACCUUAUGAACCCGCGAGGAGUUAUGUUACCUACAGGCAAAAGAACAUAUACCGCAGACCCUCGCAGGACAAGAAUCCUGAUCUGGAGGAUGUCCACUCUGACGAAGAGGAAGUCAGUAACAGCUCGGAUGAAGAAGAUGCCAGCUCAGCCUCCAGCAAAGGAGAGUUUGAUCUGCUGGAAGGAAGCCAGCAUGAUGAGCUAGGAGGCAAGAACACGAAAGUUGUCCACAUCGCCAAGGAGAUCAUGAGUUCAGAGAAAGUGUUUGUGGAUGUUCUCAAACUCCUUCAUAUUGAUUUCCGAGAUGCUGUGGCUAAAGCCUCCCGGCAGAUUGGGAAGCCUGUGAUUGAGGACCGGAUACUGAACCAGAUUCUCUACUACCUUCCCCAGCUGUAUGAGCUGAACCGGGACCUGCUGCGGGAGCUGGAGGAGCGAAUGGCUCACUGGAAUGAUAAUCAAAGGAUAGCUGACAUCUUUGUGAAGAAGGGACCAUACCUCAAAAUGUAUUCCACGUAUAUCAAAGAAUUUGAUAAGAAUGUGGCAUUGCUGGAUGAGCAGUGCAGGAAGAACCCUGUGUUUGCUGGAGUUGUGAAGGAGUUUGAGAUGAGCCCGCGCUGUGCAAGCCUGGCACUCAAACAUUACCUGCUAAAACCUGUGCAGAGAAUUCCACAGUACAGACUGCUGCUCACAGAUUACUUGAAAAACCUCAUUGCAGAUUCCACAGAUUAUAGAGAUACACAAGCUGCUCUUAUCGUUGUCAUAGAAGUGGCCAAUCAUGCAAAUGACAUCAUGAAACAAGGGGAUAACUUUCAGAAGCUCAUGCAGAUCCAGUAUAGUUUGAACGGUCACCCUGAGAUUGUUCAGCCGGGAAGGGUUUUUCUCAAGGAAGGAACCCUGAUGAAGCUCUCCCGGAAAGUCAUGCAGCCCCGACUGUUCUUUCUGUUUAAUGAUGGCCUGUUGUAUACCACCCCUGUACAGUCUGGAAUGUAUAAACUAAACAACAUGUUGUCGUUGGCUGGAAUGAAGGUUAGCAAACCAACCCAAGAAGCCUAUCAGAAUGAGCUGAACAUAGAAAGUGUGGAACGCUCGUUUAUUCUGUCAGCCAGCUCUGCCACAGAGCGGGAUGCAUGGCUGGAAGCCAUUUCAAAAGCAAUUAAUGACUAUACCAAGAAGAGAAUUACAUUUAGUGCCAGCAAAAGCGAAGAGGCUGAUCCAGUGGAAGUGGAGAGCGACACCCCUCUUGGAUCCAAGGCUCCCAUCUGGAUCCCAGACCCCAGGGCCACCAUGUGUAUGGUCUGUACCUGUGAGUUCACUGUCACCUGGAGGAGGCACCACUGCAGAGCCUGUGGGAAGAUUGUGUGUCAAGGCUGUUCUUCAAACAAACACAGCCUUGAAUACCUCAAGAAUCAACCUGCCAGAGUCUGUGAUCACUGCUUCAGAGAGCUUCAGAAGAAUGAUAAACAAUCUUCACCCAAAGUUCUGUCCCCUACCAGCAAGUCUCCAUCGAGUGCCUUGUCUUCCGUUCUCCAUAGCAUUCCUUCAGGACGAAAGCAAAAGAAAAUCCCAGCCGCCCUGAAAGAAGUGUCUGCAAGCACUGAAGACUCUUCUAUGAGUGGCUACCUGUACAGGUCCAAGGGUAAUAAGAAGCAAUGGAAACAUCUAUGGUUUGUCAUCAAGAACAAAGUAUUAUACACCUAUGCUGCUAGCGAGGAUGUGGCUGCUUUAGAGAGCCAACCCUUGCUAGGAUUCAGUGUGAAAGAUGAGCGAUCUGAUCAUAAUCCACAAUUCCAGCUCUAUCACAAAAACACCUUGUUUUACAUCUUCAAAGCAGAUGAACCUCACACUGCCCAAAGGUGGUUAGAAGCUUUCCAAGAAGCCACUGUCCUCUAGCAGUCUCUUGUACUUGUUUUGUAUAAUAGUAUGAGCAAAGCCAGCGCACACAAUACAGUAAAGCACUGGAUCCUGUGGAAGAAACCAACCUUAUUUCACCAAUAUUGCACAUUUACAAAGAUGCUACAGUUUGUUAUAUCCCAUGUAACUUAUUUAGAUUUUUCUAAAUAUACUACACUACCAAUAUGUCUCAUGCUGGACGAGUCUUUUAAAGAAAAAAGCAGUAAUCACUCCUCCAUUGUGCAAAACAACAUUAUGAUUCUGAUAUAAGAGGAACAAAUUGCCAAAUAUCCUAUCAAAACUGGAAAAUGAAACUGCCCAAACCAACACUACAUUGACUGAAUCUUUAAUACAUGUUGGGAGAUUUGUCAACAAAAUCACCUGGUGCCUUUUGGUUAAUAGAUAAAACUACCAUAUAUUGGUGCUGUAAUUUAUAUAUUUAUUUAUAUGUAUUUGUUUUAGUAAAUUAGCGUGCUGCUCUACUUGCCAUAAUUAUUAAAACAAAUUCCAUGAAAGCCUAUUAUGAUGUCCUUUUGCUGCGAAGUAACACUUGACUACCAGUAAUUGUCAACUCUUCUGUCACGAUCCAAUAUUUAAGUGGUAGUGUUUUUGUUAAUCGUUUGUUGCAUAUCUGGUCUAUUUUUGCUAAUCACAGUUAAAACAUCACAGUUUGAUUGAAAGUAACCAAUGAUUAAUAGAGAAAAUGUGCAUUAGGACAUAUGGCUUGCAGAAUUUAUAGGCCAGGGUUAUUCAUGAUAAAAUGUGUAUCCUGUGGAAGGAGACCAGUUCAUAUGCUAGUCCAGGGCUGUGCAAGCAAAACCAGAAAGUACCAUGCCUGAUACUCAACUGUUAACUUCAAACUGGUCUGACCAGCCCUUUGAGCUUUUUUAAUUGUGAAACUUACUUUGUCUCAACACCAUUAUAUGCGGGAUUUUUAAACUAUGUAUUAAUUUUAAAAUGUUAAACAAAGAAACUGGAACAUGCGUCUGUACAUAAUUUUCACUUCCAUUUUGAGAUUGCGCCUUGUAUUUAAAAAUAAAACCUAAUAUAUUUACAUUUGACAAAAUCUGACAAAAUAAUUGUUUUAAAAGAAGCACUGUUGGUGCUGCUUUUAUUUCAGAUUGUAAUUGUUCCAGAUAUAGCAAUGUGUAUUUUUUCUUCAAGUUUUGUUAUUGUAUAAACAGUAAUGCCUUUAUCACUUGUUAAUCUUAUAAAUGUUGCUCAAAGGAUAAACUAGAUACAGAACGAUUUUAACUGUAUUAAAGGAUUAGUUCAGCUAAUGCAAUUAACUAUUUUCUAAAGUAUGAGUUUACUGUACAUUAACUAGAGAAGGUAUUUUAAAAUGACUGUUAAAAAGGAUCAAUUUGUAGGGUCAUCAUGCAAAAAUAGGGACCCUUAUACACUGAUUAUGUCUCUCUGACAUAGUGUACUGGUGAACGUGAUAACUUUUUUAAUGUUGCACCAAUAUUAACCACCAUACAUUCCUAGCCUCCUACAGACGUUUCAGAAUGCAUUUGUCUAUAAUCCGAUAAACAUUUGAUUUUUAUAUGAAUAUUUUUUAGCCUGUACAUGCACUCAUUCACUUUCUUUAAGUAGUCUAAAAACAUUACAUCUUCGCUUUACAUUGUGUCCACCUAAUGCACGUGCACAAAACAUACUGGAAAGAGUGGUUACAAGUUAUUCAAGUUACACACUGGGGUCUACAGUAAGCCUUCUUUUUGUUGUUAUACAGGCAAUACACAUAAGAUUACUUCACAAGGGAAGAUAGAAAAUGAUAUGAUCGUAUUUUAAACAAUGUAAAAUGUUAUCACUCACUUUUAGUAUUUUCAAAUCUUUUUUUUCAUGGUAGGUUGAUCUAGGCCUAUUACUUUUUGCUGGAUUAACCUGUCGUGAUUUAGUCGAUAGUAUUCUGUUUAUGUAUUCGAGAAUUAUUAGACACUACUCUAUUAUUAGACACCCCUGUGUGGUGUUCAGUUUCCAAAGUACUGUUUUGUCCUGAGAUACCCAGGUUUAUACAACACAAUUUCAUGGUGAAUUUACUUAGUUGUGGAAUAAUAUACCGGUAGUAUUUAUGUUUAAUUUUUUGUUUUCUUUUACAAUGUUUGUCACAUUAAUAGUACAGUGUCAUAGGAAGUAUGCAACACUUGAGUGACGAUGCAGUAGGAUAUGUAUUUAUUUGAUCUGCGUACUGUUAUCGUGCGUACAUUUUAACAGCAGUUUUUUUUUUUUUGUUUUUUUACUACUAUCCAAUGUUUUUAGCUGAAUAACUAUUUCAUUGGCCCACAUGUCCGUCCGUGACAUUCUACAUUCUGAACAAGAUAACUAUUGAUUUUGCUCCAAUCUGCAACAAACUUAUUUUUACACUCCAAGUCUUCUAUGAAAGUUUUCUCUGUGUGUGCCUGCACUGGUUGACUAGAUAAGGAUUUUAAAGUGAAAUGACUUGCAUGUUUUGUGAGCAGUGUCAUCCAUUUCUGUGUUUUUAUGUUUAUUGCAUAAAAUGUAAAGUGUGCUUUCUUGUUUAAUAGGAGUUUGGCAGAAACUGGUCUGGUCACCAUGGAUUGCACUAUGUUGUAUAAAUACAAAAUUAAGUUUGUAUUGUAGGUGAAGAAGAAAAAACAUCUUUGUAAUUGUCAUAAUUUUGUAUCAUGUAAAGUAUUUGUACAGUUUAUAAACAAUCAACUUUAAACAAGUUAAAUUGUGUUUGCGUUUUGACAAUCUCUCAUGUUUGUGCCUAUAGCAUACAAAAAAUAGCAGACACCAACAAUCUAGUGUCCCAGCAAUGGAAUUGCACCCUUACAUAGAGUAUCAGUUAGUCGGUGUAUUGCUUGAGGAUAAGAUUGGCACUGUAGUUUAGAGAUUAUACAUAAUAUUAGGCCAUAUUGUGAAGGAAAUGUUUUGUAAAAUAAACCUUGUUGGAAUAAAGACAAUAAACUGCCAAGGCCAGAAGACCCGUCCCAUUAAAUGACUUCAGUGAUGCAGUUUGGCAUAAUUUUGCAGUCUAGGGAGCUGAAGAUUGGUAUCAUGAGCAGUUGAGGCAUAAUAAAGGGAAAUACAGUCAUCAUUUUUGGUGAAAUAAAAAAUGUGUUAGGUAGGGUGGGAUACAGAAAGUCAACAUCGUUUUUAAAAAAAAUAAUAAUAAAAAAAAAAAAGCCUUAUAUACUUAAACCUAUCUAUACAUAAUCUCCUUACAGAACAUUAACAGUAAUAACACAAAAAAACAUUUAUGGUCGCAUUACGUUCUGGUAAUGACACUGAGUUACACACAAACUUAAAAUAUUUUCUGUACUUCAAAGUUAUUUUGACAAUAAAGGCCUCAGGGUUUAAAAAACAAAAAUAUGUUGCUUUUCAAUUAAAAAAAAAAAAAAAAAAAAAAUGGCGUAAUACAUAUUAAAUAACCAGCAUUUGAAGGAGUGAAGCAAUUUGUCCAGUAUCUGUAGAAUGAGCCCGGUAAGUUUUAAUUUGAACAGUGUCCAGCAUAUGUAUUUAUUAUUAUUUAUUUCUUAUCAGACGCCCUCCUUAGCCACGGCGACACUGCCAAAAUACAACAUUUACAAAAUACCACAUUACAGAUAAGAGCAGUUAUAAAAUACAAUAGGAAGUAGUAUAUGCAGCUAAUUCAAAUAAUUAGAAAAAUACAGUAAACAGUUACGUUUGAGAGCGAUUUAGACUAAGGGCCUAUCGUGAAACCUAACUACAAAGCGGAUGGCGGCCUGAAGCAGAAAGCGAACUGCAGCAACGAGGCCUCCAUUUCAUUCCACACUCCUAAUACGCAUGCCCGGUAAAGAGGCGGAGAAAAGUGUUUUGCAGAGAGGUUAUGAACUCUGACCCUCUCUGGAGCUGCAGCAACCAGCAGAAACAUACACUUUUAUUAAAUAUUAGCGUACAAAAAACUUCAAAUUCAGG